CGACGAUUACUGACGGAUUUGCCCGAGGCGAGCAAGAGGCAAGAUGCGCAUGCGUGGCCAGAUGCGUACGAGCUGUCCGUGAACAUGUUGUGCCCUCGCUAGCACCCUGGCAGAUACCCAUCCGCCAUGACAGCCCGCUUUGACAUGCACUGCGCACUACUCAGAAGAUGGCAGUCCCGAUGGCCACUCAGGGACGAUGGCCACACAAAGGACAAAGCACGCUUUGACAAUACUUCAAACACCGAGUGGCACAGUGUGUGGCGUAGCCUCGUAUAAAAGGAUUCGCUAUGCCGUACGCCCGAACAUCUCCCCUUCCAUUGCACGCACCCACGCGAGACACCGCAGCGAUGCACCGUGCCCUCUGCAUAUCCGAGAUUAUCCGCGACGUCUUUGUCUACGCCUCGCAGCAGUGCAUCUUAGACGACACCACCAGACGAGUGUGCGCAUGGCACGCUUGUGGGACGAACUAUCCCAUUACGCAGAGGGGACAUCCAACGCCUCGGCAUGCGUGCUUGCUUGCGGUAGCACUGAGCUGCAAGACGUUCUCGGGUGUUGCACUCGAUCUUCUAUGGCGUGUUCUUGACUCGCCAGAACCUUUACGAAGCCUGAUGAAGUACCAUAGCAUCUCGGUAAGGAUCCAGCCCGAGUAUGCGUUCGGACCUCUGAACCAUCAUUGCAGGAUGCAGAGGAAGGCACUCCCAAGGCACGCGCGCGCUACCGUGUUUACACCAACCGCGUCAAGGGAUUGCUGUCCGAUCCCAACGUACAGGCCAGCAAGCGAGCUGACUCACAUACCAAACAGCUCUUCACCCUCCCCAAACUCCGCUCCGUCCGGAUCGACAUCGCGCCUUCGUCCAAAUACCAGCGUCCCUUCGGACUCCUCACGAACUCCCUCACCGAUGUACGCGUCUCUUUCAUCGGCAGCGGGCGGCACUGGUCCUUAGCCAGAGCGUCGAGCUACGUGAACAACUACCUCGAUGCCCUGGCGAAGCAGCCCUGCUUAUCCACGCUCGAACUCGACUGGCUGCCGGUUAUCCCGGACCCCGCGCUGCUCACCAGCCUCACGAAGCUACGCUCGCUGCGAGUCGCACUGCUGGCGGACAUCGCUGACGCGAUCCCCUUCCUCGCCGCGCUGCACGCAUCCAGCAUCCCCAAUGUCAGGAUAUUCAUCGAGCAGGAGGACUGCGACGUCCCUAUCGUAGACUAUCGCAGGACGAGCGUCGGAAGUCCCGUGGAGCUCUGUCUGAGCGGCAACCCCA